AUGAAUAUCGAUAGAAGAAGAAUCAUAGCUCCUGAAGGGAUAACUCCCAUCUACCCUAAAACUAGUUCCCAACAGUCAAAAGAUGAUAAUGAUAUAAAGAAGAUGUUCAUCAAAACAGGGCUCAUCAAUAAUGCCAAUGGUUCAUCAUAUAUGGAAAUAGACAAUAAUAUUAUCGAAGUUUCAGUAUUCGGACCUCGACCUAUCAGAGGUUCAUUCAUUGAUCAAGCCCUGGUUUCGGUUGAAUGCAAGUUCUUACCUCAUAUUUCACAACCAAAUGAAGGUAUCUUUAAUGAAAAUGAUGGAAAAAAACAUGGAUUGACAAAUAUCGAACAAAAAAUAUCUUCUUAUGUUGAAACCGCCAUCUUACCAUCGAUUCUUUUGAAGAAAUAUCCCAAAUCAACCAUCGACUUACAUAUCACUAUCAUUGAAAAUAAUACGUCGUUGUUAAACUUAAUUGGAUGGAUCAUUAAUUGUAGUUCAAUAGCUUUAGUUGAUGCUGGCAUAGAAAUAAAAGAUAUAAUCACAAGUGGACAAGUCAACUUGAAAACUGUCGAUGGCAAUGAAAGUGUUAUCGUUGAUCCAAAUGAUAAUGACAAUAGUCUUGAGGUAUUAGUCAGUUACAUGAACUUGAAAAAUGAUGAAAUUGUUGGAUUAUGGAUCGAAGGGUCAAAUGAUUUGGAUAAUGAAGUUUUAAAUGGGUUAAUCACCAAAUGUAAUGAAAUGUCAAGAAAGAUUAGAAGUAAUAUCAAUGCUUAUUUGCUUAGUCAACAAUAA